GGGUCUGAGGAUCUCAUCUCGGUACCUAAUGGCAGUCAGGCUACCUCUGGCGAGCACAUGGAGGGCUGUGCGGCCCCCCAAAGAAAUACCACCCCACACCAUGACUGACCCACCGCCAAACCGGUCAUGCUGGAGGAUGUUGCAGGCAGCAGAACGUUCUCCACGGCGUCUCCAGACUCUGUCACGUGCUCAGUGUGAACCUGCUUUCAUCUGUGAAGAGCACAGGGCGCCAGUGUCGAAUUUGCCAAUCUUGGUGUUCUCUGGCAAAUGCCAAACGUCCUGCACGGUGUUGGGCUGUAAGCACAACCCCCACCUGUGGACGUCUGUUUCUGACCGUUUGAGCAGACACAUGCACAUUUGUGGCCUGCUGGAGGUCAUUUUGCAGGGCUCUGGCAGUGCUCAUCCUGCUCCUCCUUGCACAAAUUCUUAUUUUCCACCAUAAUUUGCAAAUAAAUUCAUUAAAAAUCCUACAAUGUGAUUUUCUGGAUUUUUUUUUCUCAUUUUGUCUGUCAUACUUGAAGUGUACCUAUGAUGAAAAUUACAGGCCUCUCUCAUCUUUUUAAGUGGGAGAACUUGCACAAUUGGUGGCUGGCUAAAUAAUUUUUUGCCCCACUGUAUACUGUAUAUAUAUACAAAUAUAAAAAUUAUACUUUUCAUUCAAAUCAUAUGGUUUGGUUUCAAAACUUCAAAACCUUAUGGUAGGUCCGGGUAGUCACAACAAUAGAUGGGUGUUGGUUAAAUGGUAGGUUCAGGUAGUCACAACAAUAGAUGAGUGUUGGUUAAAUGGUAGGUCCAGGUGGUCACAACAAUAGAUGGUUGUUGGUUAAAUGGUAGGUCCAGGUAGUCACAACAAUAGAUGAGUGUUGGUUAAAUGGUAGGUCCGGGUAGUCACAACAAUAGAUGGGUGUUGGUUAAAUGGUAGGUCCAGGUAGUCACAACAAUAGAUGAGUGUUGGUUAAAUGGUAGGUCCGGGUAGUCACAACAAUAGAUGGGUGAUGGUUAAAUGGUAGGUCCGGGUAGUCACAACAAUAGAUGGGUGUUGGUUAAAUGGUAGGUCCCGGUAGUCACAACAAUAGAUGAGUGUUGGUUAAAUGGUAGGUCCAGGUAGUCACAACAAUAGAUGAGUGUUGGUUAAAUGGUAGGUCCAGGUAGUCACAACAAUAGAUGGGUGUUGGUUAAAUGGUGAUUAUAAUGAAUGGAGGGAAUUUGGAGCGGCUAGUUUUUAUUCUUCCUGUGAGCGAGGAGCGGUUUUUAACAGAGCGGUUGGAAAGGACGUGGAGAGCCGGAGCGUUGCACCGCUCUGUAAGCAAUGAGCGGGAUUUCCGACCACUCAACACCGCUCACACACUCUGGUUUGUGUAUAAACUGACGUGUAUGAACUGGUGUGUAUGUAUGAACCUCUGUGUGUUUUGACCUCUGUGUGUGUUUUGACCUCUGUGUCUCUCUCUCCACAGGGCACGCCUGUGAUCUCCUGCUCCUCUGUGUGUGUUCCUUCCUCCUGAUGGUCUCACACACUCCUCUCUGGUCCUCUCCUCCAGUCUCUAACUAACACACUCCUCUCUGGUCCUCUCCUCCAGUCUCUAACUAACACACUCCUCUCUGGUCCUCUCCUCCAGUCUCUAACUAACACACUCCUCUCUGGUCCUCUCCUCCAGUCUCUAACUAACACACUCCUCUCUGGUCCCGUCCUCCAGUCUCUAACUAACACACUCCUCUCUGGUCCCGUCCUCCAGUCUCUAACUAACACACUCCUCUCUGGUCCCGUCCUCCAGUCUCUAACUAACACACUCCUCUCUGGUCCCGUCCUCCAGUCUCUAACUAACACACUCCUCUCUGGUCCCGUCCUCCAGUCUCUAACUAACACACUCCUCUCUGGUCCUCUCCUCCAGUCUCUAACUAACAUAACACCCCAUAAACAAACUCACUUUUUUUGGAUUUAAAUGCUUCAUACUGUGAUAUGCUACUAAUGCUGUGAAUGUUGUGUCCUGUGUCAUUUAUCCUGUACUCUGUUUUUAAUUGUUUAUCUACAGGUUGUCAGUGGAUAAUAGUUUUCACUUGUCUUACCUCCUGGGGUAGAAUUGUAAUCUUAAUGUUGUAUUCGCCUCCCAAUGUUGAUAUGACGAAUGCAUUGAAAGGCUGUUCAAUGUCAUUGCUGAUGUCAGAAUCGUUCGCUAACAGAUAACAUAAUAACAAGGCCCUUUACCUUGGUAAAAGUCUUCCUGUCUUCCUGCUUCUCAGUGUGUCAUUUGUGUUUGUCAGACUACAUGAAGGGUUCGCUGUCCAGCAGCUGCUCUCUGAACAGUGAGAACCCCUACGCCACCAUCAAUGACCCGCUGGCCGUGGCCUGUAAACACACAGAGAGCAGCUAUGUAGAGAUGAAGAGUCCUGUCCACCACGACAUCUCCUACUGUUCCUCUGCUAUAGUUACUACCACCACCACCAGCAAGAACGUCUAUGACGUGGAACCCAAGGUGAGUGUUCUCCAGGGCUGUAAUGGUGUGGUGGUUCCCACGUACCCUCAGAACCCGUACGACCUCCCCAGGAACAGCCACAUCCCCAGCCACUACGACCUGCUGCCCCUGAGACACAGCCAGAGCUACAGCCCUACACACAGCCAGAGCCACAGCCACCAGAGCCACAGCCCCCCCCUGCCCGGCAGCCCUACCAGCUCCCUGCUAUAGAUAGACCACUCCCUAACGCUGGGCCGCGACCUUAGACCUAUGACUUACUGUUGGGGCACGGGCUGCUCCACCUGGGGUUGCGUAUAAAGACUGUAUUGUGACUAUAGAGACAAAGUACCAGUACAACAUCAGUGUUGUGGACAUACUAGAUGAUAUACCAACAAAGGCUCUGUGUGGACUCACUGCUGUGUGGACUCACUGCUGUGUGAGACUGGAUAAAGCAUACUGAAAGUGUAAUAUAUUAGAGCUAUUUGAAGUGUCUGAGGAAGACACUGGGAUGUGAUAUAACUAGUGGAGAUGUGUGGUACCCUCUUUGUUUACACUCUGGCUCAGUGGAGGACACACACACAUCCUAGGGAAGGAAGGAAGGACAGACACACGCACACAUACACACACACACACUAUAAAACAGAUCUGUGGAGUCAUGAACACAAAAGAUCAUGGACCACUAUAUAGUCAUGCCUGGCUCAGUGAUUCUAUUCCAUGUCUGGAUUGGGUGACCAGAGAACCAACCAGGCUGCCCCUAGAGAAGGACAAACCACCAGGAAGUAACCAGGCUGCCCCUAGAGAAGGACAAAACCACCAGGAAGUAACCAGGCUUCCCCUAGAGAAGGACAAACCACCAGGAAGUAACCAGGCUGCCCCUAGAGGAGGACAAACCACCAGGAAGUAACCAGGCUGCCCCUAGAGGAGGACAAACCACCAGGAAGUAACCAGGCUGCCCCUAGAGAAGGACAAACCACCAGGAAGUAACCAGGCUGCCCCUAGAGGAGGACAAACCACCAGGAAGUAACCAGGCUGCCCCUAGAGGAGGACAAACCACCAGGAAGUAACCAGGCUGCCCCUAGAGGAGGACAAAACCACCAGGAAGUAACCAGGCUGCCCCUAGAGGAGGACAAACCACCAGGAACCAACCAGGCUGCCUCUAGAUGAGGACAAACCACCAGGAACCAACCAGGCUGCCCCUAGAGGAGGACAAACCACCAGGAAGUAACCAGGCUGCCCCUAGAGGAGGACAAACCACCAGGAAGUAACCAGGCUGCCCCUAGAGGAGGACAAAACCACCAGGAAGUAACCAGGCUGCCCCUAGAGAAGGACAAAACCACCAGGAACCAACCAGGCUGCCCCUAGAGGAGGACAAAACCACCAGGAAGUAACCAGGCUGCCCCUAGAGGAUGACAACCCACCAGGAAGUAACCAGGCUGCCCCUAGAGGAGGACAAACCACCAGGAAGUAACCAGGCUGCCCCUAGAGGACAAACCACCAGGAAGUAACCAGGCUGCCCCUAGAGGAGGACAAACCACCAGGAAGCAACCAGGCUGCCCCUAGAGGAGGACAAACCACCAGGAAGUAACCAGGCUGCCCCUAGAGGAGGACAAACCACCAGGAAGUAACCAGGCUGCCCCUAGAGGAGGACAAACCACCAGGAAGUAACCAGGCUGCCCCUAGAGGACAAAACCACCAGGAAGUAACCAACCCCUAGAGGACAAAACCACCAGGAAGCAACCAGGCUGCCCCUAGAGAAGGACAAACCACCAGGAAGUAACCAGGCUGCCCCUAGAGGACAAAACCACCAGGAAGUAACCAACCCCUAGAGAAGGACAAAACCACCAGGAAGUAACCAGGCUGCCCCUAGAUGUAACAGUAUAACUUUACGGCGUCCCCUCGCCCCGACCCGGGCGCGAACCAGGGACCCUCUGCACACAUCAACAACGGUCGCCCACGAAGCAUCGUUACCCAUCGCUCCACAAAGGCCGCGGCCCUUGCAGAGCAAGGGGAAACCCUACUUCAGGUCUCAGAGCAAGUGACGUAACCGAUUGAAAUGCUAUUAGCGCGUACCCGCUAACUAGCUAGCCAUUUCAGUAUAACCUUAAACCGUCCCCUCGCCCCGACCUCGGGCGUGAACCAGGGACCCUCUGCACACAUCAACAACGGUCGCCCACGAAGCAUCGUUACCCAUCGCUCCACAAAAGCCGCGGCCCUUGCAGAGCAAGGGGAAACCCUACUUCAGGUCUCAGAGCAAGUGACGUAACCGAUUGAAAUGCUAUUAGCGCGUACCCGCUAACUAGCUAGCCAUUUCAUAUCCGUUACAUAGAGGAGGACAAAACGACCAGGAAGCAACCAAGCUGCCUCUAGAGGAGGACAAACCACCAGGAACCAACCAGGCUGCCCCUAGAGGACAAAACCACCAGGAACCAACCAGGCUGCCCCUAGAGGACAAAACCACCAGGAACCAACCAGGCUGCCCCUAGAGGACAAAGCCACCAGGAACCAACCAGGCUGCCCCUAGAGAAAGAGAAACCAACAACUGCCUCAGAUGAGACCAGCUUGGAGCAUCAUCAAAAGGGCAUUAGAUCUGCCGAUCUUUCAGGCAGUGGACUGGAGAAGUAUUAAGAGACAGUCAUUACAGGACCUGAAUGGGGACUGACUGGGCUUGGAUUGCCUGUUCUAUUGUAUAUUGAUAUCGCCAGCAACACAGCUAACACUCAUAUAACUGCAGAUGAAGGAGAGGAGACAAUGACAGUUCCUAGACAAACCAGGAUUCUAUUAAUUAGGCACCGACGUCUUUGAAAGAAGACAACGGACUGAAACAGGGAGGCACUACCUUUUCGUUUUCCAUUGCAAAACGUUUUUCUACGGUGUGCACUAAUGAAUACGACCCAUGGUUAUAUACUGUAAAAAGAAAAGAAAAAAUAUAUAUAUAUAAAAAAACGCUUAACUUCUACAACUCAUUGUACAUGUAUAGUUGUGGUAUUUUUCCACAUAUUUGCUGAUUUCAUGUUUAUGUUUUUAAGAUCCUUAACGGGUCCAUAUUUUCUCUUUCGGAAAAGUUAUCUUUCUGUAUUUAUUGUAUAUAAAGUUAAGGAAUUUAAUGUUGGCGUUACAGUAGUGUUAGUGACUUAAUGUUGUGUAAUGCUGGUAAAUGUGCAUGCCAAAUUAUGAAUCUAAGUAUAGUAGUAUACAGAGAAUACCCCUAAUGUCAUUGUUAAACCAUUUGGUACAAACUAACUGUUAUUUCAUAGACUUUACCCAUGUUUACCCACUGAUCGUUUUGAACAUGGGAAUGAAUCCUAGUUGAACUGCUUUACAAGAAUGUGCAAUGACAUGAAGGAAAAGAGAACUGUUCAGAAGUAUUGAUGUUGCCAACAUGUUCACUGGAAAUGAUGAAGUCCCAUUACCAAAUGUAGCACCAUUGUAGAGAAACCAGUUCAUAUUUGUGAACGAUGCACAUCACCAUUUUAAGUUAUAGUAACCCUGUAAUAAUUAGAUGUAUACUUUUACACCCUGUGACACAAUGUGGUAACGACAGAACCAUUACAUUGAUCUCUAUCUCUACAUGAAUAUUUCACCGAUUCAGCCAAUACCAAUGCCAUGUUUAUAACAGGCCCGAUUCAGACUUGAGGUAAGUAUACUUAACAUGGACUUAAGACAACCUAUCCGUGUCUGAAUUGGGCCCAACGUGAGUAACAGGACAAUCAUACACAGACAGUUUUUUUUCCUCUCAUGACUUUGUUAGUUUGUUAGUUGAUAUUUCUCCUCAUAAGGAUAAGAGGUAUGUCCCAACUCGCACCCUUUCCCCUUCAUAGUGCACCAGAGCACUGGUCAAAAGUGGUUCACUAUUAAAAGACUAAGGUGCCAUUUGGGACAUAGUCUAGAAUUCCCAGAGUCUGAUGUAACCUGAUGUAACCCAACGCUGCUUUGACUUUUUCCUCUUUUAAAGUGUUUUAAUCUUCAAUAAAGAUGCCAUAGCUCAGGGCAA